AUGCCUCCAUUAUUCUGUGGAGAUCAUCACGUCGAACCCGAGUUCUGUCCCCAAGCUUUAAUGGAAUGGCACCAAGUUGAUACUAAGAAGAUGGCGACCAAUACCAAGAAAAGCUUCACUUUGCAGGCAAAGAAGCACCUUUCUUAUCUGGGUUGGAUUUUCAAGUACGUAAACAGACAAAAUAGGCCCCCUGAAUUGCGUUAUAUUUCUCCAGAAGGUAAAAUCUUCAAUUCUCUUAGAUUAGCCUGUGAACAUUGUAUGGAGACACAGGAAUUUGGAAGAUCUUCCACAAAAGAAUACAUGAUCAAUGAAGAACCAGCUUCUAAUGGUUUAAAGCAUGGUCAAAAGCGAAAAUCCCAAUGUGAUGAUCAGAGUCCCAGAAUUGUUCCGGAGAUGCAGAAGAAACGCGGUCGAAAGCCCUUGUUUCAAUGUGAUUAUCAGAGUCCCAGAACUGUUCCUGAGAUGCAGAGGAAAGGGAAGUGCUUGUUAAAAGCUGCAACCAACAAAGAAAUUGCUCCUCAAAAACAGGGCAAAUCAGGAGUUAUAACCAAGGAAGAAGAGAAUUGCAGAACCUGUAAAUCCCAUCAAGCCACCAAUAUUUCUCAACUGAUAGAGCGCAAGAUCGUUCCGGAGAACGCAGAAGUACAUUACAUUGAUGCUGAUGCUCCAAUGAAAAGGGGGAGUAUAACCAGUGAUGGCAAUAUUUGCUGCAAUUGUUGCGACAAGAAAUUUGAUCUCAGGAGCUUUGAAGCUCAUGCAGGUACCUCUUUUCGUCGUCCCGCUCUCUGUAUCUUCUUGGAAGAAGAUGGAAGAUCAUUGUUGAAUUUCAACAAUGAAGAUUCUCUCAAUAAUGAUGGCAACAAGAGUGAUGAUUUAUGCUCUAUCUGCCAUGAAGGUGGUGAUAUGUUACUAUGUGAUCAAUGCCCCUCUGUUUUCCAUACUAACUGUCUUGGUUUGGAAGAAAUUCCCAAUGGAAAAUGGUUCUGCCCAUCCUGUAGAUGUGGUAUAUGUGGGUUGGGUGAGUUCAAUAAGAACAAGGAUGAAUUCACAGAGAAUACUACUUCAGUUUGCAAUCAGUGUGAGCAUGAAUUCCAUGUAGGGUGCUUACGAAGAAAAGGAUUCACAAAGUUGAAAGCUCGUUCUGGAGGCAAUUGGUUCUGCAGUAACAAUUGUGAGAAGAUAUUUCUGGGUCUUAAAAAAAUGCUAGGGAAAUCAUUUCGUAUUGAUGAUACCUUAUCUUGGAGUAUUUUAAGGCACAAUAGCCAUCAAUUGAAUACUGAAACUAUGAUGGAGUUUCAUGCCAAGCUUAAUGUUGCUCUUGGAAUAAUGCAUGGAAGCUUUAAGCCAAUUCAUGAACCUUACACAAAUAGUGAUCUCAUUGAAGAUGUUAUUUUCAGUAAAGGUUCAGAGCUGAAUCGACUGAACUUUCAAGGUUUUUAUACAGUUCUAUUGGAGAGGGGGGAUGAUGUGAUUUGUGUGGCUACUCUUAGAAUCCAUGGUGAUAAGGUUGCAGAAAUUCCCUUAAUUGCUACUCACCCACGGCAUCGUCGACAAGGGAUGUGUCGUAGAUUAAUGGAUGCAAUUGAAAAAAAGCUUGUUGAUUUAGGAGUGAAGAGGUUGAUUUUGCCUGCUGCUGGAGAAGUGUUAAACACAUGGAUAGAUCACUUUAGGUUCUCCAAGAUGAUUUAUUCUGAGAGAAUGAAGUUUUUGAACUAUACUUUUCUAUAUUUUCAGAGGGCUACUAUGUGUCAGAAACUAUUAACAGGAAAAUUUGCAAAGAGCGAAAGUGAUGAUGAGAGCAUUGAUCUUGAUGGGAACAGUACAGAUUCAGAAGUCAUUCAAGAAAGGGAUCAAGCAAGGCGACUUGGUGCAGCUAUGUAA